AUGACAUUCCACGGUCUUCUCCUCUUGCUGGCUUCGUUAACGUCUGCUCCCCCGCAAAGCCAAAGCCAGAUUCGGUCUGAUUGCCUCACCAGAGCGGACCUGGCAGCCCUCUUCACCAACCCAGCCCUCUCCCUCGAGGAGGCUGGCGACCUGAACAAGAGGGCCUCCGCAUACAAUGCCUUCACGAAGCAACCCGCCGCCAGGUUCGAAAUAAACCCCGGCGCCGCUCCGCAUUCCCUCGAAGCGCUCAUGGAAGCGUUCUGCGAGACCCGGACGGCCCAGCACGGUCUUUGUACCAACCUGUUUGGUGAGAACGCUCCCAAGGGGUACUGGGGGUACGGCAUUGGCGACAAAUCGCCCGACAACAUGCAGGUGCUUCUGAAGUUCGAGAAAUGCGGCGGAAUGGUGGAAGUUCCCUUCAUUGAGGUGCACAAGGGCGUCUACAAUGGCAGCCACGUCAUCAGCGAUCCAGCCAUUCUGCGCGGGGAGUGGGAGGUCAACCUCCGCUACCCGGAAAUCACAGAGAUAGAACAGCGCCAGCAGAACUCGGGCGAUCAUUCUGCUGAGACUCCGAAGCACGACUACUCGUCAACCAUCGUGGCCCACGCCUCCCUACUCGUCUUCGGCCUGGUGAAGGCGACUGCUGCCGUGUGCCUUGGCUUGGCUGCUGCAUUCGCCUAUCAACUCUACCAUCAGCCUCAAGAUGUUCGUCAGGUUGCACCACCUCGACCUGAAGCCGCGGAGAACUCCGGCGAUGCCAUGUCGGACACUGUUGCGAGACGCCGGGACAGCUCAGGGACUGCAGAUGAGUGGGAGCAAGUAUUGAAGCCAGCUGUUCAGGAGGCGUAG